CGCGUUUUGGUCACCUGACUAUAGUGACGUGUAACUGAGCAUGUAAGCAGGAAGAGCCUGACCAAGUUUCAAGAUGCUAGCCGAUACCAACGAUGAAGACGUGUCUCUGUUUGAUGCCGAGGAUGACGCAGGGAAAAGGUCGAAGAAGUCAGGCGUUAAGCAUCCGGUAGCGGCCUUCUUCCACCUCUUCUUCAGAGUCAUUGCCAUCAUCGUGUACCUGCUCGCUGAGCUCAUCAGCGGGAGCUUCAUCGCCUGCAUGGUCACAAUAAUCCUUCUGCUCUCAUGUGACUUCUGGACAGUAAAGAACAUCACUGGGAGGUUGAUGGUUGGUCUGCGGUGGUGGAAUCAGGUGGAUGAUGAUGGACGAAGCCACUGGGUGUUUGAGUCGAGGAAGGGUACAGGGAAGCAGCAAGCAUCAGAUUCAGAGUCCAGGAUAUUCUGGCUCGGACUGAUUGUUUGCCCCGUCCUCUGGGUCAUCUUUGUCUUUAGCACCCUGUUUUCAUUCAGGAUUAAAUGGAUGCCCGUCGUGAUCAUGGGCGUCGUGCUGCAAGGCGCCAACCUAUACGGAUACGUGAGGUGCAAAGUGGGAGGGAAGACCAGCUUAAAGAACAUGGCUACCAAUUAUUUUGGACGACAGUUCCUCAAACAGACGCUGUCUAAGGAAGAGGAAUCGUAGAGUGCAGCUCUGCGGCGUUAACACAUCUGCAUUAUUCUCAAUGCUCUGAUAUAUAAACCUUCUUUUUCUCAGUGGACAUGGGCAGGAAAGCGUUCUCAGAACUGGAAAGGGCAGUUUUUAAUUAUGUGCUUUCUUUAAAUGACUCAGUAGAGUUGUCUUUAUCUUCCACACAGAGGUCAGAGGUGUGUUUUCACUACCUGAGGUCCAGCAAUAAAUCCUCUGAUUACCGAGAACUGCAUGAGUGUAAAACGGCUGACAAGUCGGAGUGACUGUAGUUUGUGUCGUAGUCUCACAGCUCCUUCAGAUUUCUUCUUUUAGUUAGAUUUCAUUGUCUCUAAUAACUUUAUAAAUUAACAGUAAUUAAAGAACCUUUGAGAGAUGUCGUACAGACAUUUUGGUUUGUAUGAAAGUGUGUAAAGUGUAACAGGAGAUUUGUAAAUAUGUAAGUGAACAAACUGUGUGAAGCAUCUUCUUUUGUGCAAAUACAUUUGUAACGUUUUUCCGAA